GGAAACGAGGUUGAGAUUUGGAUUUGUCUAUUGCCCUCGGAAGUGAAAAAGAAAAAGAUAAACAAGGGGACUUCGGUCAGUAACGAAGCGAACAAUCUAUUCAGUUAUGGCUAAACUGAAAUGAACGAUGUAUAAUAAUUCAAUAUCGUUUUAAAGAGUGAGAUCCGGCGAAAACGAUCUAGGACUUCGGUGCCGAGUCGCCCGCCGUUUGUGUCACACGAUGCUUAGUCGGUCGGCUAAUGUCCAGCGUGAUGUAGGUACAAUGUAUCCCCAAAGUCGUAGGUGUACAGAGUCCCGAAUUAUCUGAAUAUAGAAACCAGCGGUACAAACGUUUAAUAACUAAUUUGGGUAAUCGAGACGCGGCCAUAAAAUAAAAGAUUAAAUCAGCAUGCUGUUUUGCUUUUCCUCAAAUGGACGGGAAAAGUCAGCGGGCCUUUAUGGAGCAUAAAGCUAGUGGGAUACAGAGCUAAUGAUGGAUGAGUCUCACAGUGCUGACAUGGACCUUUGCGGAGCAGGCGGUGACCCAGCUCCUCAGCAUUGUGGGGGGGACGGGAACACCGUCGGGAAUGGCCUCUGCCAUAAGUCGACAUCUGGGCCUAGCACCGUUGUGAAGCAGAGGAGAGGUCCGGUAGUAUACAAUGGUAUGUGGACGUCUUCAGGUGUGAGAGUCGAAACGUGUGGCACCUUGAAGGAAAGCUGGCAGGAAGAUGAGGAGGAGCUGGAUGGUGGACAAGCUCUUGGAGAACUUGAAGACUCUUUAGAUGGGUCUGUGGACUUCGGCGAGAUGAUGAAAGGGUUCGAUUUGUCCGCUCACCCUGUUCAGACUAAGGUUUUGGAAAACGUAGAAAAUGAGAAGAAGGAAAAGCACCCACCUGUGUGGAAAGGAAAGACGGACAACCGGGAACUAACCAACCAGUGCCUUGAGACCUCGAUCUGCCAUGAAGAGGCAUUUGGAUCAGGGUUGGAGGCAGACUGGGAAGCUGGGAGCAAAGAUGAGGUGGCUAGUUGUGGUAGAUGGGAACAGCUGAAGAAGGAGGGACAGGAAGAAGUAGUGGGCCUCAGUGAAAAUCAAGCUGACAUGAAUGAAGGGGGGCGGGAUGCAGAGAUGAAUGUAGAAUCAGGGUCACACAAGUCUGGGGGAGGGAAGAGAAGCAGAGGCCGCAGCAGUGGAGACCAGAGCCAGCAGCAGAUGGCGUUCUCAUCCUCAAAGUCAUUGACAUCUGGGGGGCGGCACAAGCAAGCCAAGCGGAGACACCAUCACCACCACCAUCACCAUCAGGGAAAAUCCAGAGGGAACUUCGGUUCUAGGGCAGCCCUUGCUUGCCGUGAGUUCUUGUCGGAGUCUCUGCCCCCCUGGUGCCUGUCAUGCAUACGAAUGAUUGUGGAGCUCAUUGUCCUAGUGGCCCAUCAGUGCAGGGAGGUGGUGGAGGCCGGUGGGGCUCUUCUCUAUGAAUCUGGCUCCCAGUUGCUCAGCAAGGCUAAGGACCUGCGCACUCUAAGGGCAGAGGCCUGGUGUUUUAUGGGUAGGGUGUGGUAUGCAGGAGUGGCAGUGUGGACACGGGCUGUCAGUUUUGGAAGGUCAGGCUGGCAACGGUUUGCAUGCUGUGUUGGUGUCUUCUACAAGGCUGUCCUGCUAGGAUCGAGGUUAGCAGGAAGCCUGCUGGACAGACUGGCCGGGGAGAGGGCUCAAGCAUGGGGGGCUGCAUUUCUCAAUUCCAGCAUCUGGAAGUAUACCGCAGUGAUCCUGAAGAAGAUCCAGUCCUUGUUCGGGAGAUGCGACCCUGAGGUUUCUGCCUCCCACUCCGAGUCCUCCAGGGCCUCAAAUAAAUGUCACCCAGGAAAGCAGCUGGAGAGACUGCUGGGUCUGGCCCAUAUUCCUGAUAAUGAACUGGAUCCCUUUGUUGUCCUUGGAGUGGAAGACAAUGCUACUGAUCCUGAGUUGAAGAGGGCCUAUAGACAGCUGGCUGUACAGGUCCACCCAGACAAGAACAAACAUCCACGGGCUGGAGAGGCCUUCAAAGUUCUAAGGGCUGCAUGGGACAUAGUUAGCAAUCCAGAAACAUACAGGCAGUACCAGCUGAAGCGAAUGGCAGAGUCGGAGCUGUCCAGGUCGAUGAAUGAGUUUCUCACCAAGCUGCAGGACGACCUCAAGGAAGCGAUGAACACCAUGAUGUGCACCAAAUGCGAGGGCAAGCACAGGAGGUUUGAGAUCGAACGAGAUCCAGCAGAGGCACGGUUCUGCGCAGAAUGCAACAAACACCACAGUGCGGAGGACGGGGACUUCUGGGCCGAGUCCAGCAUGCUGGGCCUGCGGAUCACUUACUUCUCCUUCAUGGACGGGAAGGUCUACGACAUCACCGAGUGGGCUGGCUGCCAGAGAAUAAGCAUCACCCCGGACACUCAUCGAGUGCCGUACCACAUCUCCUUCGGCGCGAAGAACCACAGCAACACUGCACGUCAUAGGGCUCCAUCAAACCAGCACCCUGGUCCCAAUUCUGCUGCUGACCUGCAGGACUUCUUUAGCCGCAUCUUCCAGGGACAGCCACCCAGCGGCAUGGCCGCCAAUGGAACCUUCUUUCCUCCAGGCGCAGCCCCGCAGCGCUCAGCAGGCGCGGGAGGUGGCAGCCCUCCCUCUGCUACCCCACCGCACACGGGAUUCUUUUCCCACAGGGGGCAACGAGCGGACAGCAGUGAGCCCCGGACCGAGAGCUCCAAGCCCGUGCGGCGAAGGAAGAAAGCCCGCAAGCCCUUCCAGCGGUGAGCUGGGCAUGGCAAAAAAAAAAAACACAUAUUGUCAGCUGUGCAAUCAGACUCCAUCUUGGCCUGCACCACUUGCUGUGACCUGAGGGGGUGAUUUCUGAAUUCAGCAGGCCCUUUUCAGGGAGCUACCACUACGAAAAGCAGAACCAGGGACCCCGGAAAGGAGAACGAAGAAGCAGAAUUUUUUAUGAGAAUAUGGGCAAGGGUCUGUGUCAGUUGCUUCCUUCCUGGUUGGUUUUUUGUCGGAAAUGUAGCCAUACUCUUAGUUUAUUUUUUUCUUUUAACAAUUAAGUAUUGCAGCCAACUUUAACGCAUCAUGCUCUGCAUAGUGGCAGGAAAUUGCAGGGCUGGACACUUUAACACGUGGAAUUAUAAUCAACAAGGCAUGUCUGAGAUGCCAGUCAAUGGAGUGACCUGCUCUGCGUUUGGUUGACAGCCGUUGUUAACUGGUCCAGUUCUGGACUCAACCCAAACAGUACUCUAAAUGUGUCGCCCAUUUAAAGCAUCCCAUACCCAGCCCUGAUUUUUCUUGCCCCUUUUCUGUUUUACAUUUGGUUUUACAAUAUGCCUUUAUAGGGAUAUAAUAAUUUUAUUAUUUUUUCUUGCCUCUGACAGUGCAUUCACACGUCUGAGUCAUUUCACUUCAGCACCAGUUUAUACCAUUUGAUGGGAAUUUUGAAAUGAUGAGGAGAAAUACAAACACUUUUCUAGUUCGUAGUUCUGUUUUUCUUCACCCAGGAAGUCUUUAAACCUAAUGUUUUUUUUUUGUUUUUUUUAAAAGGAGUUACAAUGAAUGUUGUAAAUUGAGAUAUACAGCACUGUGUACAAGUCUCAGGCAGUCAAAGAAAAUGUUUAAAGCGCUUUAUCUAGGUAGUAAGUGUAUGCUCAUAAAACGCAGUUUGAUAUUAAAAUGUAUGCAUAUUGACAGUAUUCACGGUAACGAUAAAAGAUAACGAGAAUUUCUUCUGUUCUCCAAAAAGUUGCUGAUGUAUAGUUGGAUGGCUAGAUGAACACCGCUUCAGAUCCCAAACCUCUCCUCAGGGGCACCUCGGCCAUUCCAUGUAUUUAUUCAAUCUGACCAUCAACUAAAUUAUUUGAUUAAUUAAUUUGUUUUAAUUAGCCAAACGAGGUGUGAUAGUCAAAAAAUACACGGGUGCUUUGGAUGGUUGCUGUGAAGAAUGGGCGACUUUAGGAGAGGUUUUGAAAUGGCUAAGCUGACGCACUUUGACAGACAUAAAAUCAAAGUUUUACACCAACAUGAAGAUCAAUUAAGCAUCGAUUUCUUUGACUGCAUAAGACUUUUGCACAAUGCUGUGUAUGUAUAGGUCAAUGUUGGUAUAUAGUAACCACCACUAUACGUAAUUAGUGAUCACUACAGAGAUUAAAAUAAUACUUAUUUUUGAUAUAAAAUGAAUGUGUAGGCUGGAGAUGCAAUUACCACUCACAUUAAAUUGUGUUGUUAUCCCAGUGAUGAUGAUUAUAUUCCAGAACUCUUCGCCAAUUUUGAAAUCAAUUUUAAUUGGCGAUGUCAUUGGUGGGAGUGGCCUGCUGUCCAUGAUGUUCUCCACUGCCUCCGUUCCUCCACUUCCUCCUGUUUACCAGCUACAGGAUGUUCUGUUUAUGUAAUCUUCAGAAGGGCUGUUGUCAGGACCACUUAUUGUGCUCCCACUUCACCUGCAGCAGACAUAGUGGCAUGUUUCAGUGCAGCCCUCUCACUUUUGGUGAGACUGGCUUCUGCAAAGGAACACGCAGGCUAUGUCACAUUGAGCUCCUGCAUGUUUAUGUUAAGUUUUGACCUUCUGGGGGAAAGUUCAGAUGAUGUAAAUGCUUUCUAAACACUGGUUACACUGUCAGUUGGCAUUGCUUUUUUUUAAAAAUUUGCAUCCAGAUGUAUCAUAAUUCUUCAAAUGAGAUGGUCAGACCUUUUGUGACAUGUAGUUAUCUGUCUCAAAGGAGCAAAUUGCUUUGGGUUGUAUGUUAAUGCCUUUUCAGUUGAUUUUAUUUGCUUCUGUUAAAUUGUUUUAUUUGAUCUAAAUUUCAUUCCCAUUAAGUUAGAUGAUGUGGGAAAGAGAAGACUAUAGUCUAAAUUUGUUCACUGAAUUGCUCAAAAAAGCAACUGGAAUUUGAAGGUUGCGGAAACAGUAUAUGCAAAAAAAAUAUUGCAAAAAUAAGUUUUGACAAUCAUUGGGGUUAGAUAUGUGGGACGAUGUUAGUUUCUCUUUCUAAAUGUUCAUUUGAAGGCAGUUUUUUAUUGUAUUGUAAAACCUUAUGGUGUUCAAGAAGUUUUAUUUUUGCUUUACUUUUGUCUUCAUAGUAAAAUUUCCUAAAAACUG